GGGACCUCCUUCCCUCAUCACUGCUGGGAGCCAUGACUGCCCCGGACUCCUGGGUCCCCUUCCGGCUGGUCCUUCAGCUCAGCCUCUACCUGCUGACCAUCAUGACCCUCUCCACCUUCCUCCACCUAAGCAGCCGGUUCCCCUCCGCAUGGCAGAGGCUCCCCUCCCCGAACACAACGAAGGGGUCCCCAGCUACGUCCCCCACCACAACGCCCCCAACAGAGCGGGGCAUGUGGACCGUGAACUCCAUCGGGCGCCUGGGGAACCAGAUGGGGGAAUACGCCACCCUCUACGCCCUGGCCAAGAUGAACGGGCGCCAGGCCUACAUCCUCCCGGAGAUGCACCGGCAGCUGGCGUCGCUCUUCCACAUCACCCUGCCCGUGGUCUCCAGCGACGUGGUCCGGAGCGUCCCGUGGAGGAAUUACGGGCUCCACGACUGGAUGUCGGAGGAGUACAGGCACAUCAAGGGGAAAUACGUCCGGCUGACGGGCUACCCCUGCUCCUGGACCUUCUACCACCACCUCCGGCAGGAGAUCCUCCAGGAAUUCUCCUUCCACGACCACAUCAAGGAGGAGGCCAACCGGUACCUGGCCGGGCUGCGUGGGCAGCGCCAGAAUGUGACCUACGUGGGCAUCCACGUCCGGAGGGGGGAUUACGUCCGGGUGAUGCCACAGAUCUGGAAGGGGGUGGUGGCGGACAAGGCCUACCUGGAGAAGGCCAUGGGCUACUUCCGGGCCAAGUACCAGGAGCCGGUCUUUGUGGUGACCAGCAAUGGGAUGGAGUGGUGCCGGGAGAACAUCAACGCCUCGCAGGGGGACGUGUAUUUCUCAGGGGACGGGAAGGAGUCGUCGCCGGGGAGGGACUUUGCUCUCUUGGCCCAUUGCAACCACACGAUCAUGACCAUCGGGACCUUCGGCAUUUGGGUCGGCUACCUGGUCGGUGGGGAGACUGUCUACUUGGCCAACUACACCCUGCCCGAUUCCCCCUUCCUCCGGCUCUUCAAGCCUGAGGCCGCCUUCCUGCCCGAGUGGAUUGGGAUCAACGCCGAUCUCUCCCCACUGCGGGGUGGGACAUAGGGGCAGAUAGGAUCCAGCCUGCAGGCCACCAGCAGGAUCCUCUGGGAUAGUGGGCCAGCCCCCAGCUGGGGUAGGCGGUCCUGGGGAGUUUAGGGGGCAUCAGCAUGGACCUUGGUCAAGCAUGGGGGGGAGGGGAGAAUCAAGACAAUGUGGGUUGGUUCUGCCAACCUUCUCCUAGGAGUCACCAAAUGGGUCUAUCAUGAAGUUGAAUGGUUAAAACUUGCUCCUCGGCCAGCUCUUUUAAAACUCUUGGCUGUAAGUUAUUUGGACCUGCUGAUUUUAAGAUGUCUCACUUUGAUAGCUGUUGUUCAGCCAACUCCUGACAUAGGAGCAGAAUGGAAAGAGCAUUAUCGUCACCAUCUGAUAUGGCAUCAUCUGUUUUUUCCUCCCAAACA